UUAAGUUUGGUAAAGCAAGGGUUCCGGUAAAGCUUCAAUGCAGACAGGAGGCAAAUUUAUGUGAAGAUGAAAGUGAAACUUCAGGAUCAGGAGGCGGAGAGAAAAAGAAGCGGCUCUGCAGAAGGAGAGCAGAUGACAAAGAGAAUCUCUCUGACCUGGUUCACUAAAAUCAUUGAGAUGAUUUCCCUCCAAGAUCAGGAAGCGCUCAUCCCUCAGCCACGUGGGGCUUUGCCUAAGGUGAAUGCUGUGGUCCUGGCUGCCAUAACAAUCGGAGGCAUCAUGUUACUGUCUCCUGAGUCAAUUUGGGGUUGGAUUGCCAUGGUAACACUAAUUCUGACCCUUGGCCCUCUGCUGCACGGGAUCUGUCUGCUUACAGAGGAGAUGCUGCACCAUUCAAACACAAGGUACCGCAGCAGAGGCCUGAUGAUGCACAUGCUGUCAGCCUGUGGUUUGGUAGGGAAGUCCCUGUUGACUGCAGUGCUGGCAGGCCUUUUGCUCUCCUUGGUUGGACAUCCUCUGCCACACGACAGCCAGUGCUUGGUGCUCAUCAUCCUAGCAUCUGCUCUUUACACUCUGUUCAAAAGCCUGGGAGUCUUGAGUCCUUCAGAGGUGGAGGUGUCAGACAUCUGCGAGGGAAGAAAGAUGAACGUGGCCCACGGCUUGGCCUGGUCCUUUCACCUCGGCUACCUGCACAUCGUGCUACCACAUUUAGAGAAGUCCAUUGCAUCAUUUCGUUCCACUCAUCAGGCCAGCAGCUCCUGGGGUCGAGGCUCCAGGAAGCUUCUUAUCCUCAUACCACUCAACUCCAACAUUUCUCACAAGCUGGAGGACGAGGACAACAACAUCUCUUUCUAUGACAAUCUCCCUAACACUGAGAUUGACAGAGCAGGAGUCCGGGGGCGGGUCUACAAGCACAGUGUCUACAGAGUCAUGGAUGAGCAUGGGAAGGCCCAUGAGUGUGUGUGUGAGUAUGCUACUCCUCUGCUGACCAUGUACAGAAUGUCCCAUGAGAGCAGUGCUGGUUUCGGGGAGUAUGAGCGCAGACAGCAGGUUCUGCUCUUCUACAGGACCCUGCACGACAUCCUAGAGAACUCGCUGGAAUGUCGCAACCGCUACACACUCAUCCUGCUCAAUGAUAAGCAUGAGGAUGACCCUCACUUCCUGUCCAAGACCAUCCUAAGACACCUGCAGCAACAGGAGAAAGAGGAGUUCUGCCUCACCCCACCUCCUCACCAGGAGAUGCUGGACCCGUUUGCAAGGCUUGGAAGUUUUCAGUCAAACUAUCGGUAUAAAAAUGGAGACCGCCACCACUCUGAGCCAAUGAGCAGAGAGCCCACACUCCAGAUGAGCAUGGAGAGACCUCAGUCACUGAAGGGGCCUGAGGAGUGCACCGAUCACUUUAAUGAGAAAUCAUAAACACAAACACUGACAGAGGCAGAAAUUAUCCUAAACACACACACCUAACGUUUGGCAUUCUUUCAAACUGUGGUCUGAUUAUUUACCAGCUUCACUGAUGCGACUUCCAAAUGUUCUCUGAAACAGCACCUUAAAUAAACGCUUGCUUGUGCUUAGUUAA